CGUAAACGCAAAAGUAUUCAGUUUUAAAUAUAAUAGUUUUGAUAUUGGAAUUCCAGUAUCACACUAUAUCAAACUAACGAGCCGAAUUCGGUGAUUGUCAAAAAUUGUAAGUGCUGUUGACCCAUUGCAGUCGGCCAGCGGUCUGGAAACUGACCGCAGUGUUUCAUAACAGACGUUUAAAUAUAAACAAUGGGUGGCACGUAUUCUUCAAUGGAUCCGAUGAAGAUUGAUGUACCAUACAUCGAUAAUUGGUUUGAACUGGACCCAUAUCUUAAACCCUACGAGAGAGAAAUUCGAAGAAGAUAUGGUUGUUUAAAAGAUAGCCUUGAGAACAUUCAGUUUUUUGAUCUUGGCAUACAAGGAUUUUUACACGGAUAUAACUUUUAUGGAAUUCAUAUCCAUCAUGAUAAAUCGGUAACAUGUCGAGAGUGGGCUCCAGGUGCAGCUCAGUUAUAUCUAACUGGCGACUUCAACAAUUGGAAUAGGAGUAGCCAUCCAUAUAAAAAAUUAGAUUAUGGCAAAUGGGAAAUAUGGAUUCCGCCAAAUCAUGAUGGAACAUGCGCUAUCAAGCAUCUAUCAGAAAUUAAAAUAGUAGUAAAAACCAAGGAUGGAGAUUUACUUGAUAGAAUUUCACCUUGGGCCACUUAUGUUGUGGAGCCUUCAAAAGAUGAUCCAGACAAAACUUAUAAACAUAAAGUUUGGCAUCCUCCGGCUCAUGAGAAGUAUCUAUUUACUCAAAAGAGGCCAAAUAAACCAAGAGGUCUUAAAAUUUAUGAGUGUCAUGUUGGUAUAGCAACAAAUGAAGAGAGAGUCGGUACAUAUAAGGAGUUUGCUGACAAUAUCAUACCCAGAAUUGCAGCUCAAGGCUACAAUGCAAUUCAACUAAUGGCUAUAAUGGAGCAUGCGUAUUAUGCUAGCUUUGGGUAUCAAGUAACUAAUUUUUAUGCUGCAUCUAGUCGGUAUGGAACUCCUGGAUUAAAAUAUUUAAUAGACACAGCUCAUAAAUAUGACUUAUUUGUUUUGCUGGAUGUUGUGCACUCACAUGCGAGUAAAAAUGUUCUGGAUGGCCUCAAUCAGUUCGAUGGUACUGAUAGUUGUUUUUUCCAUGCUGGACCUAGAGGAGUACAUUCCUUAUGGGAUAGCAGAUUGUUCAACUAUUCUGAGCAUGAAGUGUUACGUUUCUUACUUUCGAAUCUGCAUUGGUAUCACGAAGAAUAUUUAUUUGAUGGAUUCAGAUUUGAUGGUGUUACAUCUAUGGUAUAUCAUUCGCAUGGGAUCGGAGAAGGGUUUAGUGGAAAUUAUGAUGAAUAUUUUGGGUUGAAUGUUGACACUGAUGCUUUGGUAUAUCUCAUGCUUGCCAAUUAUAUGUUACACGAUCUAUUUCCAAGUAUUGUAACUAUUGCAGAGGAUGUAUCAGGAAUGCCUGGUUUGUGCAGACCAAUUGCUGAAGGAGGAAUAGGAUUUGACUACCGUUUAGGAAUGGCUAUUCCAGAUAAAUGGAUUGAAAUAUUAAAAAAAUGUAGAGAUGAAGAUUGGAAUAUGGGAAAUAUCGUACAUACCCUUACAAACCGUAGAUGGAGGGAAAAUACUGUUGCUUAUGCAGAAUCGCACGACCAAGCUUUAGUUGGAGAUAAGACAAUAGCGUUUUGGCUUAUGGAUAAAGAGAUGUAUACUCAUAUGUCGACUCUAUCAGAAAAUUCUAUAAUAAUCGAUAGAGGCAUUGCACUGCAUAAAAUGAUAAGAUUAAUAACUAAUUCACUGGGUGGUGAAGCAUACCUUAAUUUCAUGGGUAAUGAAUUUGGGCAUCCUGAGUGGUUGGACUUUCCACGUAAGGGAAAUAAUAGUUCCUAUCAUUAUGCACGAAGGCAGUGGCAUCUAGUUGAUGAUAAUUUAUUGAAAUAUAAAUUUUUGAAUAAGUUCGAUCAAGAUAUGAACUUUCUGGAAGCAAAAUAUGGAUGGUUAGAGUGCGAGCCUGGUUACGUAAGCUGGAAACAUGAGGAUGACAAGAUAAUAGCAUUUGAGCGCGGUGGUUUAGUAUUUGUUUUCAACUUUCACCCACAUAAGAGUUUUACUGAUUAUUUGGUCGGUGUUAGUGGGGAUGGUGCAUAUAAAGUGGUUCUUAAUUCAGAUGAACAUAUAUAUGGAGGUUUUGCAAGAGUUAAUAAUGAUGUCCUUCAUGUAACUCUUCCUGAAGGGUUUGCAAAUCGCAGAAGAUCUAUCAAGAUUUACAUUCCAUCACGAACUGCAAUAGUGUUUGCUUUUGUUAAAAAUUUUAAUUGUCAAUAA